GGCCCGGCGGUUCGUUCAGGGAAGGCUUGUGGCGGUUUAUGAGACUGAGCGGGUACCUGGGCCUGUGUGUGGGACUGUGAGCGAGCGAGUGCGAGUGCAGGUGCGAGUGCAAGUGCGCACCUGUGACGUACAGCGCUGGCUGCGUGUUAGGUUGCACCUGUUUGUCUGUUGUUUGCUUGGUCUGUCUGGGCCUGUCUGUCUAGGCCUGCCUGGCCGGUGUAGGCGGGUGGUGGUGUUGUGCGUGUGCGCGUCUGCAUUGCGUGUGCUUGUGCGAGUGCUGCGUUCGUGUGGUGGCUUUCUCGAAUGGACCCGCCAGACAUUGGCGGCGUGGUGGUGGCGGCUGCGGCGGCGUCGGAGGGCGCGCGCGAGUCGAAGCACUAUCACAAUCACAACCACAGCAAUGGCAACGAGCAGAGCAUCUCCAAUAGCCGGAGGGCCGCCGCCUGCCUCGUCUGCCGCCGCUCCAAGAUCAAGUGCGAAAAGGGCCGCGCCCAGAACGACGACCGCUGCCAACGCUGUCUCCAGCUCGGAGUCCAGUGCGUGCGCCCCGACUUCCACGUUGGCCGCCGCAAGGGUGUCAAGAAUAAGCGCACUGGCCUGGAAAAGGCCCUGCACCAGGUCGAGCAGGCCGUUCGCCGCUCAGCUUCUGCUGCCCAGGGCAUCGAGCCCGCCAAGAUAGUGUCGGAGCUCAAGGCUCUCCUCGGACCCCCUUCCCAUGGAUCCGCUCCGGAACCCGGCGCUAGCCAGUCUGCUAGGGCCGGACCCCCCAGGCAGUCCUCGCGCCGCCACAGCAGCGACAUCCUGCUGCCCGAUGCAUCCUCGGAUGCCGGCGAUAGCUCGGGCUCCGAACAGGACGGCAUGAGCAUCCCCCAGGACUCUACUCCGUCUCAGAGCCAUGUGGCCGAGGAGAGCCUCGCUGUCGACGAUGCCGAGAACCCGCUCCAGCUGCUGGCUCGCGCGUCCGAUCUCCAUGUGUCGCCCAAGUCUGGGACCGACCAUGUCGCUGCAGACGCCGCCGCUCACCACCGGCUGCGCCAGAGUAAACAGAGCGAGAAGAUUUCCGAAGUCGAAAAGUUCUUCAAGCUCAGCCAGUUCACCCUCGACGCUGGACCCGAUAUGGAUCCCGUCAACCUGGGACUGAUCACCGCGGAGGAGGCCGAGACCCUUUUCAACUUUUUCCACCACAACCUCGCUCACACUCGCUGGGGCCUGGAUCCCGAACUCUACACGGCUUCUUUCACGCGCUCGCGGUCCGCCUUCCUCUUCACUUCGAUUGCCGCUUCUGCAGCCCUGUUUGUGCCAUCGGCGUCCGCUCUGUCUCGGAGGCUGUCCAACCACUGUAAGGCACUGGUAAACCGUAUCAUGAUUGACCGCUACCGCUCCGUCGAGAUUGUCCUUGCCUUUAUGGUCAACGUUCCGUGGAUGUUUCCGGGCAAGCAUAGCACCGACGACGAGACCUGCUGGUAUGUCUCUAUGGCGACGACCAUGGCCCUGGACUUGUCACUACACAAGAUACUCGUGCCAUUGGCCUCGCUCAAAGACGGCCACCACGGCAGCAUCGCCCGUGCCGACUGCGUUGAUCCUAAAGUCGCCCUAGCGCUGGACGGCUUUGGAGACGUGGACCCCAACUCAGAGCUUGGCCUACGGCUCUUGCGCCGCAGAGAGCGGUGCUGGAUAUCCCUUUUCGUGCUUGAAAGAGGGAUGUGUCUGGCGCGAGGGCGGAGCUAUACGGUUCCUCUCACCCCUAUCCUCAGGGGCUGCGACCAAUGGCAUCUUUCAAGCAUCGCGGACACAAUGGAUGGACAUCUUGUCUCCAUGGCCGUUCUCCGCAGAGAUUUAGAUGCCCUGUUCACGUCCAUUCGAGCCGUCUGUGACGGAUCCCGCGAGACACUGGCAGAUGGAGCACUGAUUGCGCAGUCAAUCCAAAUCACUGUCGAUAAGUUCUUUGACGAGUGGCACGCCAAAUGGGGCAUUUCCAUCGGCAUAGGACCUCAGCAUCGACUGCCCCCUUACGUACAGAUCCUCGUAACACACACGAGGCUGUCUAUUUAUAGCAGCGUUAUUAACCACCCAACAGCCCCGACAGAAGUGCGGCACUUCUUCCACGCGGCCGGGCUGUCGUCGGCACUGAACGUGAUGCGGGCAGCUAUUCACGGCGAGGGACAGCUCUCGAGCAUGCCUAAUAACACAGCCAUCAUGAUAUCUUUUGCUGCGUGCUUUGCACUUCGGCUCAGCGGCCAGUUCGCGGGCAACUCGAACUUGGCACCCAGCGUCAGGACACUGAUCGAAGAGACGGCGGAGGUCCUGGAGCGAAUUGGCUCGGCAACCAAGCACAGGAACGGGAUGUCGGCAUUGUAUGGCAAAUACCUCAAAUACAUUGUGAAGAAGGCGGCAACCUCGUCGACUGCCGAGGCGCCCCGGCCCCGGUCCAAGACAGAGACGCUGUCGCCGCGUCACGCAGCACCCUUCUCGCGGAACCCCCAAACAAGCUUUGGCGUGGCGACCGAUCCGCCCAUGUCCAACGCGACCGUCUCGGCCGGGUUUUUGGAACCCCCAAUCUGGUCCGAGCCUAUUCAGUUCUCCUCCAUGUCCGACGACCAGAUCGUCGAGGCGCUGAGUAGGGUCGGCAACGAGUUUGAUCCUGGCCUGAGCAUGUAUCCAUGGGACGAUGCGGCCGCGCUAGACUGGCUCAAUUGGUCUAAUCUGCCCGACUUUGGGUCCUGAGAAGCAGCUAGCCGGGUUGCCUCAACUGAUUGUUUACGCUGUCGCCCGGGCCGGGGGCGACGAAGCCGAAAGACCCAUUACAACCUCUUGCAGUUUCUCCAUGAAGACGAAUGUCAAAACAGUAUGUGGUCUUUGUCGGAAAGGGGAGCUAGUUAGCUUCCGGUUGGGUCCGGAGGGAUGGGGCCGGGAGACUUACGUUAGUCGGAGCCAAGCCGGUGUCCAACCCUUCAUAAGAAACAAUGGACCUUCGCUCCUCAUUCCUUCGCGGAUU